CUUUUUCCUUUUCAGAAAGACUUGCAUGGUGUUCUCUGUGUGCAGCUGGAGGCAAAGGUUUAAAGAGACAUUUCAGCUUUAUUUUUAUGGAGUAGGUGGUAAUGACAGCUGAUUCAGAUGGCAGCUUGUGUACCCCUUCCCUUCCCCCUGCUGAGAGACUGCAAUAGCUAAAGCUCUCUAAAACAUGAAUGUCUUCCCCAAAAAUUGACAAAGCAUAAUAGAAGAUUAAUUUUUUAGGUGACUGAGCCACAGGUGGUGGGACAUGGCUGGACAAAUAUCAGAGUCUGACCAGAUCAAGCAGUUCAAGGAGUUCCUUGGCACAUACAAUAAACUUACAGAAAAUUGCUUUGUGGAUUGCAUAAAGGAUUUCACUAGCAGAGAUGUGAAACCAGAAGAGAUAACUUGCUCAGAAAACUGCCUGCAGAAGUAUCUAAAGAUGACACAGAGGAUCUCCAUGAGAUUCCAGGAGUACCACAUCCAGCAGAACGAGGCUCUGGCAGCCAAGGCAGGAUUGCUCAGCCAACCUCGUUAGAGCAGAGCACUGUGCUCAGACUGAAGCUGUGCCAGUGUUCCCUGGGCAAGAACACAUUGGGGGAUUCCUACUGUCAGGAUGUGUGCCCAGCAGCUCAGAGCAGAGCUGGGGGUGCUGCUCAGGCAGUGGGAGCAGUGAAGGGUUAAACAGGAGCUCAGUCCUGGCGGCCUGGCAGUGCAGUUUGUUUCCACAAGGGAAUGAUGCAGAUACAACUUUUCCCAGGGCCCACAGACUGGUAUCUAAUUUCAGGGGUGGUGGGAGGGCUCACCUGCCUUUUGCUGAGACUGGUUGAGAUGAAUCAAUACAAUGUGGGGAGUACACUUUUUUAUUUAAUUCAAAUAAAAUAAACGGGAGCCAUAUACACGUGUUUGUUCUUUCCAAAGAGCCAUUUUUGGGACAUCUGAAAGCAGAAAGUUUGCUGGGGGCUCUUUGCUCGGCUGGUCCUGUUCUGCUCACUGCUGCUUUAGGAGCUGACAGAUGCCAGAGGGAGCUCGGGCAGGGGUGCCCCAGGUUACCUUUGUCCCUGCCUCACCCCGUCAUUUACAGGGGACAGAGGGGCACGAGCAGCUCCUGUGCACCCUUUGUUUCCUUUGGGGAGCCCACGGGAUCCUCCCAGCCUGACACACCCCAAGCACUGAGCUUGCUGCAGUUUUCUCCUUUCUCCUG